AUGUGGAUGCGAGGAAUAUCAUCAUCAGUGAAAACAAAAACAAGCUUUAGAAGUCUCUCGUCCCUCUCUCUCUCUAUUUCUUUCUCUCUAACUCACAACUCAAGCCAGAAUUUUUUUAAGUAGUUACAGUCUCAAAAACAUAACAAGAACAACCUAAGAGCUUCCAGUACUCCUAAACGAAUCACACGAAUAAAACUCACAAUGAAGAGAUGCUGUUCAGUGGCUCUGUUUCUGUUACUUGUAGCUUUCUUUAGCAGCAAGUAUAGUGUAGAGGGACGUUCUCUGUUAAGGACAACUCAUUCUCGUCAAGCUGUGAGAGAUUUGCAGAUAAGCAAGGAGAUGAACAAAGAAAAGCCGCUUAAAGGAGAAAAAGAUAGCUUCCGAAGGAUCCCAAGGAGUGGCUCAAACCCAAUACAGAACAAGUGUAAUCCACCAAUAUUUGUUGAAGGAAGUAGGAAACAGCAGAUCACAGCAGAAAGAAAACCUUAAAAUUUCAAUCCUUUUUGC